CCUCUGCUCCCCGAUUCCAAGUGCUCUGACUCUACUCCACCAGCCUCGACUCCAGCAUUCGCCUCCUCGAUCAAUUGACUCCAAUAUGGCAAAGGGACGUGUGUGUUUGGCCUAUUCUGGCGGUCUCGAUACUUCUACCAUCUUGAAAUGGCUCAUUGAGGAAGGCUACGAGGUCGUUUGCUUCCUUGCCAACGUUGGCCAGGACGAGCCUUGGGAUGAGGUUGAGAAGAAGGCGCUGAAGAUUGGCGCCCAAAAGAUGGUCAUCCUUGAUCUGCGCAGGGAAUUCGUCGAGGAGCUCUGCUUCCGCGCCAUCCAGUGCAACGCUUCAUAUGAGGGCCGCUACCUGCUCGGAACAAGCUUGGCCAGGCCCGUCAUUGCCAGGGCCCAGAUCCGGGUUGCUCAGCAAGAGAACUGCCAGUUUGUGUCCCACGGGUGCACUGGCAAAGGAAACGACCAGGUCCGCUUCGAGCUGGCUUUCUACACUCUUCAGCCCUCCAUCAAGGUCAUUGCGCCGUGGAGGCUACCCGAGUUCUGCGACAAGUUCAAGGGCAGGCAGGACCUGCUGGACUAUGCCGCCAAGCACGGCAUUCCGGUCACAUCGACCAAGGCGAAGCCGUGGAGCAUGGACGCCAAUCUGGCUCACUGCUCUUACGAGGCUGGCAUUCUUGAAGACCCCAACGUCUCUCCUCCUGACGACAUGUGGACCAUGACUGACAGUCCCCUGAAUGCGCCCAACGAGCCCACCGAUAUCACCAUUCACUUCGAGAAGGGCAUUCCUACCAAGGUCGUCACUCCCGAGAAGACGUAUACCGAUUCUGUCGAGUUGUUCGUCGCGUUAAACAAACUCGGCUACACCCACGGAAUCGGCAGGAUCGACAUCGUCGAGAACCGCUUCAUUGGCUUGAAGUCCCGUGGCUGCUACGACUCGCCCGCCAUGACCAUCCUCCGUCUCGCACAUCUUGAUCUUGAGGGUCUCGUCAUGGACGCCCAGGUUCGGAGCAUCCGUGAUCAGUUUGUCACCCACCACUGGAGCUACCAGCUGUACAACGGCAUGUACUUCUCGCCCGAGCGCGAGUUUGUCGAGAACAGCCUGCUCUUUUCCCAGCGCCGCGUCAACGGCGAGGUCCGCAUGAAGCUCUACAAGGGCAACGCAUACGUCUUGGGCCGCUCGAGCGAGACCGAGAAGCUCUACUCCGAGGAGGAGGCUUCGAUGGAUACCCUGGACAACUUCAGCCCAUGGGACACCACUGGCUUCAUCGCCAUCCAGAGCAUCAGGCUGAAGAAGUAUGGCCUUCAGAAGCAGGAGGAGGUCGCCAAUCUUAGCAGGGCUUAGAGUCAUUGCAAGCUUUGGAGGGAUAACUAAUACAAAACUUACGGCGCCACGAGUAGGACUUGAGGAUUUUCACGGGCUCUUUUCGCAAUAUUGGUAUCUGGGUACAUUGGGUGGUUAUAAGGGUGUAGCAAUAGAAUUGAUUUAUAUGUACACUUCGAG